UCCUGAUGAGUACUUUGGUCAUACAAUCAUGAGAACUACUUUACAAUAAACCUCUUCCUUACCAAACUUCAAUUUUUAGGUUUUCUUGCUCUUCUUCGUGCAAGUCGACAUCAAAAAACAUAUUUUCUUGCGAACAAUGCAUGUUUCACAGUGAUACGUGUGUUACAGACGAUGAGUUACACAGUGUCACUUCAUCUUUGUGGGAAUAUAGAAGUUUUGUUGCUAAUGAUUUGGAUAUACAAGUCGACAGAGACGGCGAUAAAUACUUUUCGUACGUCAACGAUAUGGUGUCAAAUCAUGAAGGUUUUGUUCAGUUAUCAGCUAUUUUUGAUAAUUAUGAACAAGAUUGGGAAACGAAAGAACCAUACGAGUAUUUAGAGCGUAAGGAAGAAGUUCGGCUUAUCAACUAUUUUGUGCAAUCAAAGAUUGGAAAUAUAGUCUACAAAUUUUUAAGAAUGAAGGGCCUUGCAGGUUGCGGUUACAAAUGGGAAUUCAGGCAUCUACUCAGACGAAUGUGGUCGUUUAAAUUUAAAAGGCAUGGCAUGUUGGAAAAAGGAUCUAAUGGGUUAGAAAACGUCUUUGUGGGGGAAACUCACAAUGGAGCUGGAAUUGGGUUAAACAACUGGUAUCGCCUUCAUCAACUCGAGAAAUCUGGUGAAAUCAAGUUGCAAACAAUCAAUAAUACUGAAUCACGACAGCGAUUUCAAAGGUUAAAAUAUGACUGGAACGGAGCUACCGGAGUAACUUCAAUAUUUGUUGGUGCUUCACCGGAAUGGGAAUUUGCUAUAUAUACUUUGUGUCAUCUAACAAGAUCUGACAGGAGUUGUUGGAUAACUGCAAAAGACCAAGAUGGCAAACCAUUCAAAGUUGAGAUAAAAUCGGAAUACAUGUACCAUGUUAAUAUGAACAAUGAACUCAGUCAUGUGUCAAAUGUUUUUGUAUUUUAAUCGUUGUAUUUGAUAUAUUUGAGUACGUUUUAUAUAACUUUUCUCACAAAUAACUCAGGAUAUCCAUCACAUCCAUCUCUUUGGAAUUGUGUACAUUAUUAUGUUCGUAAAUUGAGUCUGUCUGUUUUUUUUUUUGUUUUUUUUUGUGAAAACUGUCUCUGUCUACUGUAUAAAUUCUGAGCUACGUUUUCAGUAUAUACCUCAUUCAAGAAAUCCCUUAGCAGAGUACACUACAAAUAGCUGCUACCUUAAAUGUAAUAGACUGACGAACAGAAAAUAGAACCAGAGAAGCUGGCAAACUGGAAAAAGAUAAUAGUCGUCUUGCUUUCAAAUGAUAGCUUUGU